CCUUCAAGUUAGUGUUGAUUCCUGCUGAUCACCUGGACAACCCUGCAGUUUUCUUGACAAGAUUUCAAAAGUAGUUUGCCAUUGCCUCCUUCCUAGGACUAAGAGAGAGUGAUUGGCCCAAGGUCACCCACUGCCUUUGUGCUAAGGCAGGACUAGCAUUCAUAGUCUUCCAGUUUCUAGCCUGGUGCCAUCAUCACCAAACUAGUUCCAACCACAAUUAAAAUCUACAAUAAAAUAACUACAGGUAGUCCUUAACUUACAACCAUUUGUUUAAUGGCCAUUCGACCAACCACAUUACUAACUUGUCAACUGCACUGACUCACAAGUGUAGCAGGGGAGGUUGUAAAAUUGGGCAAAACUCAAAUUUCUCAAAUUUUGGACUCAAUUGUGGUCAUAAGUCACGUGACCAAAAUUCAGAUGCUUGGCCACUGGUUCAUAUUUAUGACCGUUGCCUUGUCCCAAGGUCAUGUGAUCCCCUUUUCCUGUAAUUUGCUUUAAAAAUGUCAUAAUUUAGAAAUAAGCAGUAAGCUGGCUAAGUCUACAGCUACUCCACAUAGGGUGGUAGAAAGUGAAAAUGAUGAAUUCCCAAAAGAUCUCUUUAAACUGGGUGAAUGAUGUAGAAUUUUCCUAAUCUGAGGUCUUCUGGAGCACUGCAAAAAUGCUGUUCUACCGGGGUUUUUUUCUCCUCAAAAUACUAGGGGGGGGGCAUUCAAUUACACUAAUUGGAAUUUUAGAAUAGCACAUAAUCCAUGGAUUAGCCACAAGAUAUUGUGAAGAAUAUCUACCUCCAAAUAACUACCUUGGAAUGAGACAUUUAUGGAGAAAAUUGGUAAAAUGAGGACCCAGAUUGUUGGGGGUUUAAACGGUUUAGAGGGUUGUGAAGCGAUAUAUAAGUCUAAAUGCUUUUGCUAUUGCUAUCAAGGGUUGCUACCCUUGAAGAGUCAAUGUUAUCUCCAAACAUUGCUUGCAUGGGAACAAAGACGGGAGAAAGAUUUGUCUUUGUCUCCCAUUUGUAAGCUCUAGAAGGCAGCAUGGCCCUUUUGUUUAUGAGGUUCUUCUGGAAUUUCAAACAGGUGAAUGGACACUGUUUUAUGAGACAUCCUUCAGGGGCUCAUCGCGGACUUUCCUUCCUGUGCAUUUUUUAUUUUGGGUUGUGGAGGCCGAGGAAACUAUUUUACAUUAUUGCAGAUCAUAGUAACAGGCAGUUUCCAGACACCUUACGAAAACAAGAUUAAACAUAUUUUAAACUUGAUUCCUGACCUGCAUAGAUUUCAAAGCAAAAAAAAAAUAAUUCUUUUCGCCCCCCAAGGAAAAUGUUAACAGCACAAACUGGAGAACCUGAAUUAAUUUUGUUAAGAAUACUUGUGCCGCCAACAUAAUGCCACACAUCUUCGUAACUGCACGGGAAAACACGCCUUCAGCUUCCUGUAAUUCCACAGAAUCCGCAACGUUCGUUUACUGUCAAACCAAUUAUAUGAAGGAAUCCAGAAUUAUCCCGCGUUGUUUUGUUUUGAAUGUUCAAGUACAGAGACCGACGACGGAGUCAUGAGUCCUCCAGGCCAAAGGCGGCGCUUGGACAGAUCUCGCCUCCCCACCCCCUUUCCAAAGCUCAAAACAGCUUCGCUCAAACAUUCGGCUUUCGAUUCUCGAUCCUAGACCGAGCAGUGGUUACGAUUAGCUCACAGUCUCACUUCCGCACUUCGGAGGAAGAGGAAAAGGGAAAGCAAAGCGAACAACUUCCAAAGAAGACGCUUCGGCAAGAAAAAAAAAAAAGAGAGAGAGAGAGGGAGGAGUGACUGGACCUGAUGUGCGCAUGCCCAAUCAGCCUUCGCGCUAACUGCGCAUGCGUCGGCGGUUAUAACCAUCAGGACAAGGGAAGAAUCCCGAGAGUUCAAAGCUGCAGUCGAGACCCUGCCCCUUCUUCUUCAGAGUAACCGUCAUUUUCCUCUCGUGGACGGUUUCCCCUAGGACCUUUGGCAGUCUCGGACCUGUCAAGACGAGAGAUAGGAUGUCCGGUGGUGUCUUGUCCCAGGCCGGUCCCGGCGCUGAGUGAGACAAGGCCAGGCCGGGCGGCGGGUGACCGGGAAAGGGAUGUCGCCUCCGUCCCCUGACGUUGGGUUUUGCCGCUGCCGCCUUUGGCGGCUCCCGCUGCCUCUGUCCUCCUCCGGUGGUUCUGGUCGCUCCCCGCGACCUUCACACCAAGCCCGGGAGCAACGUCGGGCUCGGCCUCGGCAGUGAUUCCCGUCGUUUCCCCCCCACCCCUUAGGGGGCGGGACGGGGUAGGCAAGAUGCAAGCGGCUCCGCUGCAGUACGAGUUCUUCAGUGAAGAGAAUGCACCCAAGUGGCGGGGUCUGCUUGUGGCCGCCCUAAAAAAGGUCCAGAUGCAAGUCCAUCCUAAACUAUCUUCUACAGAAGAUGCUUUGCAGUAUGUCGAGGAGUUAAUUCUGCAGUUAUUAAAUAUGCUGUGUCAAGCUCAGCCAAGAAGUUUCUCAGAUGUAGAGGAUCGUGUCCAAAAAAGUUUUCCUCAUCCGAUUGAUAAAUGGGCAAUAGCUGAUGCGCAAUCUGCCAUUGAAAAGAGGAAGCGAAGAAAUCCAUUAUUUCUUCCAGUAGAAAAAAUUCAUCCACUCUUAAAGGAAGUCCUGGGAUAUAAAGUUGACCAUCAAGUAUCUGUUUACAUUGUAGCUGUAUUGGAAUACAUUUCUGCAGAUAUUUUAAAAUUGGUUGGAAACUAUGUACGAAAUAUAAGACAUGAUGAAAUUACUAAACAGGACAUCAAAGUGGCAAUGUGUGCUGAUAAGGUGUUGAUGGAUAUGUUCCAUCAAGAUGUAGAAGAUAUUAGUACCCUGACGUUAUCUGAUGAGGAGCCUUCCACAUCAGGAGAACAAACCUAUUAUGAUCUUGUAAAAUCAUUCAUGGCAGAAGUUCGACAAUAUAUAAGGGAACUGAAUCUCAUAAUAAAAGUUUUUAGAGAACCAUUUAUUACCAAUCUAAAACUGUUUUCAGGUCAUGAUGUAGAAAAUAUAUUCAGCCGAGUAUCAGACAUUCAUGAACUUAGUGUGAAGCUGCUAGGCCAUAUUGAAGAUACAGUAGAAAUGACUGAUGAAGGCAGUCCCCAUCCGUUAGUAGGAAGUUGUUUUGAAGAUUUAGCAGAGGAGCUAGCAUUUGAUCCUUAUGAAUCAUACACUCAAGAUAUUUUACGGACUGGCUUUCAUGAUCAUUUUCUUAGCCAGUUAUCAAAGCCUGGAGCAGCCUUCUAUUUGCAGUCAAUUGGAUAUGGUUUUAAAGAAGCUGUUCAGUAUGUCUUACCUAGGCUACUUCUAGUACCUGUUUACCAUUGUCUUCACUAUUUUGAACUCUUAAAGCAAUUAGAAGAGAAGAGUGAAGAUGAAGAAGAUAAAGAGUGCUUGAAACAAGCAAUUACAGCCCUGCUUAAUCUUCAGAGUAGUAUGGAAAGAAUUUGCUCCAAAAGUCUUGCAAAGAGAAGGCUUAGUGAAUCUGCAUGCCGAUUCUACAGUCAACAAAUGAAGGGGAAGCAGCUAGCAAUCAAGAAAAUGAACGAGAUCCAGAAGAAUAUUGAUAGCUGGGAAGGAAAAGACAUUGGACAGUGCUGCAAUGAAUUUAUUAUGGAGGGAACUCUCACACGAGUGGGUGCCAAACAUGAAAGACAUAUAUUUCUCUUUGAUGGUCUGAUGAUUUGCUGUAAGUCAAAUCAUGGGCAACCAAGAUUGCCUGGUGCUAGCAAUGCAGAAUAUCGUCUGAAAGAGAAGUUUCUUAUGCGAAAGGUACAGAUCAAUGAUAAAGAUAACACUAACGAGUACAAGCAUGCUUUUGAAAUCAUUUUGAAAGAUGAGAACAGUGUUAUUUUUGCUGCUAAAUCGGCUGAAGAGAAGAACAACUGGAUGGCAGCCUUGAUCUCUUUACAGUACAGAAGUACCCUGGAACGCAUGUUAGAUGUAACAAUGUUGCAAGAAGAGAAAGAGGAGCAGAUGAGAUUUCCAAGUCCUGAGCUAUAUAGAUUUGCAGAACCUGAUUCUACAGAAAAUAUUGUUUUUGAAGAAAACAUGCAGCCCAAAUCUGGAAUCCCAAUUAUUAAGGCAGGAACUGUUGUCAAACUGAUUGAGAGACUUACAUUCCACAUGUAUGCUGAUCCCAAUUUUGUUCGAACAUUUCUUACCACAUACAGAUCUUUUUGUAAGCCUCAGGAAUUACUGAGUCUCCUGAUAGAAAGAUUUGAAAUUCCAGAACCUGAACCAACAGAAGCAGAUCGUAUAGCUAUGGAGAAUGGAGAUCAACCUCUUAGUGCAGAAUUAAAAAGAUUUAGAAAAGAAUAUAUACAACCUGUACAGCUACGAGUAUUAAAUGUUUGUCGACACUGGGUAGAACAUCAUUUCUAUGAUUUUGAAAGAGAUGUAGAUCUUUUACAACGAUUGGAAGAAUUCAUUGGCACAGUCAGAGGUAAAGCUAUGAAGAAAUGGGUUGAGUCAAUCACAAAGAUAAUUCAUAGGAAAAAGCAAGCACAAGCCAUUGGGCCAACUCACAAUAUUACUUUUGAAAGCUCACCACCUCCAAUUGAGUGGCAUAUCAGCAGGCAAGGACAAACCGAAACAUUUGACCUGCUGACUUUGCAUCCAAUAGAAAUUGCCCGACAGCUUACUCUACUUGAAUCAGAACUUUACAGGGCUGUGCAGCCAUCAGAGCUCGUUGGGAGUGUGUGGACAAAGGAAGAUAAAGAAAUUAAUUCUCCUAACCUGCUCAAAAUGAUAAGACAUACCACUAAUCUUACCUUAUGGUUUGAAAAAUGCAUUGUAGAAACAGAAAAUCUAGAAGAAAGAGUAAUGGUAGUAUGCCGCAUAAUUGAAAUCUUGCAAGUUUUUCAAGAGCUAAACAAUUUUAAUGGCGUUCUUGAAGUCGUCAGUGCUAUGAACUCUGCACCUAUUUACAGACUGGAUCACACCUUUGAACAAAUCCCAAGCCGGCAAAAGAAGAUAUUUGAAGAAGCACAUGAACUAAGUGAAGAUCAUCAUAAGAAAUAUUUGGCAAAACUCAGGUCCAUUAAUCCUCCAUGUGUGCCUUUCUUUGGAAUUUAUUUAACAAACAUUUUGAAAACAGAAGAAGGCAAUCCUGAAUUUCUAAGAAGACAUGGAAGAGAGCUCAUUAACUUUAGCAAACGGAGGAAAGUAGCUGAGAUAACAGGGGAAAUACAACAGUAUCAAAACCAGCCAUAUUGCUUAAAGGUGGAAACUGACAUCAGGAAAUUUUUUGAAAAUUUGAAUCCAAUGGGAAAUAGCAUGGAAAAAGAAUUUGCAGAUUCUCUUUACAACAAAUCCCUAGAAAUAGAGCCACGUAAUAUGAAGCCGCCUCCAAGAUUUCCUAAAAAAUACAGCUAUUCUCUCAAAUCUCCGGGUAUUCGUCCAUCAAAUCCAAGACCUGGAACCAUGAGGCACCCAACACCUCUGCAACAAGAGCCCAGAAAAAUUAGUUACAGUCGUGUCCCUGAGAGUGAAUCGGAGAAUGCAGCCUCUGCACCAAACUCUCCAAGAACACCACUCACCCCACCCUUGCCGUCCUCCACUUCCAGCACUACAGAUGUCUGCAGUGUGUUUGAUUCUGAUCCCUCUACACCUUUUCAUUCAAGGUCUGCCUCUGUAUCCUCCAUCAGUUUUCCAAAAAAUUCUGAUGAAAUUACUGUUCCUCCUCCUAUUCCACCCCGAAGACGUCCAGAAUCUGCCCCUGCCGAAUCUUCUCCGUCAAAGAUUUCUUCUGUACAUCUGGAUAGUCCACCAGCAAUUCCCCCUCGACAGCCAACAACAAAAAUUUAUUCACCGAGGUAUUCGGUGCCCGACAGGACCUCUGUCUCAGAUGCUCCUGAAAGCCCACCUGUAUUGCCUCCACGAGAACCUGUGCGAACUCCUGAUGUUUUCUCUAGUUCGCCUUUGCAUCUCCAGCCACCGCCUUUAGGCAGGAAAAGUGAACUUGGCAACACUUUCUUUCCCAAUAGCCCCUCUCCAUUUACUCCCCCUCCUCCUCAGACCCCUUCUCCCCAUGUUGCACGCAGGCAUUUGCCAUCACCUCCUUUGAUACCCCAAGAAAUGGACAUCCAUUCUGUCGCUGGGCCACCUGUUCCUCCACGGCAAAGCACUUCUCAACAUAUCCCAAAGCUUCCUCCAAAAACUUACAAAAGGGAGCCCACCCAUCCAUCAAUGCAUCGUGACGGACCCCCUUUGCUGGAGAAUGCCCACUCCACCUGAAUUCUCCUUUGUGCUAGAGCAUGCUUUCUCCGGUGCCAAGUCUAUUGCUGGCAAUAGAUGCACCACGUCUUUUGGCAACAAGGAGCUGCGUGGUAUUGCUCCUAACACUAAAGACUCUACAUUUGAUAUAUAUAAUGUGGAAAAUAAUAAAACUUAAUAACAGGCCCCUUUAUUGUGGAAAAAAAUGCUGUUUGUUAGUAAAGUAUACAAGGCACUGUUCUAAACUCACUGGACAUCUGAAUGUACCAGAAAUUAGGUUUGCAGAUCUCUUUGGGCCAAUAAGCAUUUCCUGUGCUUUGUGUAUUGUCCAGUGAAGGAUGUGAAGCAUAAUCCUAUAAUCUGUCCACCAUGACAUAAAUUCUUGGAGUAAUAAUAUGCACUUUUUUAAAAAAAAAUCUCAAACAGGGAAUUGGUUAGCCUUUUUAAUUUAAUUGUAUCAUUCCCUGCUUUCAAAUCAUACUGGACUGUGAGGUUGAUUUGUAGCAUUGAACCAGGAUACAGCUAAGGCAUCACAUUAUACUGCAGUCCUGUUUACAAACUGUUACAAUAAUUAGUAAAUACCGGGGUACCUAGACUUCACCAAAGAGGUACUUUCCUUCUAUAUAAAUGUGUUGAGGCCAGUUCUAAAGAGAGAUGCACGAAGUAGAAUGCCUAAUUUGUGCCACCUUUAAACAAGAGAUUUAAGUCUCACAUGAAUAGCAAAAGCUGUCUGAGGGACUGCCUGCUCCCAGGACUCCCUGUCCUGUAAGAUUGGGCACAGUUGGUGUGCUUUGGGUUGCUUCAGUCAAGUAAUGCCACCUUUCAGGACCCAGGAAGUCUGCCUUAUUUGUCACAGCAUCUGCCCUUUAGAAUGAUAUUUCCCAGAGUUCUGUAUAGCUCCCACCUUGAGGGUGAUCUGGAAGUUUUUAAAAACAUGGCUGUUCACCCAGGCCUGGGGGUAGGUUGUUCGUGGAAAUCUGUGGUAGUUUUCUGUUUAAGGGAGUGUACUUAUCCAGACAUGUGGGAUCUUUUUAUAGUUUCUUAUUUUUUAAUGUAAGCUGCCCAGAGUCGCUUUGAAAGUGGGCAGGCUCUAAAUUUCUUAAAUACUUCGAAAUGGCA